AUGGUAAAUUCCCAAACCUGGUUAGACCAAAAUUAUCCCACAAAUGGCACUUGUAUAAGAGUUGAAGAUAAAGAGAACUACGGCAAAACCAGAGCCCAAAUCGUUAAUUUAGAUAUUAGUAAUCAAAAUUUAGAAAUCUUUCUAGACCUGGGCAGUUCUUUUCCCAUCCUAAAAGCUUUGAACUGUUCAUUUAAUAAUUUAACUACCUUCUCUUGGAACGUACUUCCUAAUCUAGAAGUAUUAGAUGUAUCCUACAAUCGGCUUAAUGCUACUUUUGCAAUACCAAGCACUCCUAGUAUCCAAAAACUAAAUAUUUCUCACAAUAGCAUUAUUGCUGUUAAUUUAAAUACACCCAAUUUAGCUUAUUUAGAUGUUAAUAGUAAUUUACUUAGUAUUUUAGAUCUUCAUAGCACAUUAAAUUUAGUGGAAUUAAAAUGUUCCAAUAAUCCCAUUAAUAACUUGACUUUAGUACAAUCAUCUAAACUUGUUCUUUUUGAUUGUUUGGGCGUUAGACUUGUUUCAACUCCCACUUCUUCCCCCGUUUCUCCUUCAACUUCUCUUUUUCCAACCUGUUUCAUUUUCUUUUAUAAACGUUCCUCAGUAAAAAAUGUUAUCCCAACUCCAG